UUGCCCCGGUUACACGUCAAGCAGUGAUGACGUCAUCUGUGGGCGUCUGCACUCGCGUCCCGCGCCGGAGCUGUUUGACACGCUGUGGUGAGCUUAUAUAAGGGACUCAGUACUAUUUGUGUGCUUCAUGGAACUAUAAUUGGAAAGUACUGUUAAGAAGAAGUUAUCUGUAGGACACACUAUGAAGACAGCAGCUUGAAGAGAACCAAGAUAACCAACCAGUAACAAGAUGGUUUUAUUUCACUAAGGAUUUAUGUCUGGAAAAUGGAUUUAGGAAAACAUAGAAUUAAAACCCUAUCAAACAAGACUGUAAGAGAGACAACUACGAUAUUCUGGAUCAUUAUUUAAAUAAACAAGUACAGUAUUACUGGAAGAAAUCCCCACUUGAUAAUCCUACAUUGGUUUGUCUUGUUCUGGGACUUAGGACCAUGGUGCAGUGUGAUUUUCAUCAUUCACAAUGAUUUAUGCGGCUGCUCUGCCACAUGCAGACUUCACCAAACCAAGGUGGAACAAACCCUCUGACUUUUACGUUUGUACCUGAAACGGGAAGACUACCUUGUCAGGUUUCGCUUGAAAAGAAUACAAAACUUUUGCCUAUAAUUGUUGUUGAGCACCAAGGAGGAAUGACACAAAAGCCUGAAGAGAUUAUGGGAAAUGUAUCAGAAAAAAACAUGCAGGAACCCUCUGAAAGUGUUAUAAGCACAUGUCACAGGCUGAGAUCAGAGAAUAAUUUUCCAAGGAAAAACAUUUCCUCAAAUGAUCCGGAGGCAAUAAAAAAUGAUGACUUUUUCAUAGCAGAAUUUGUUGUAGUGAUGGACUCUGACGACAGUGAAGAUGAAAUAAUCAUCAAAAAGACUCAACCUCUGCCUUUUCAAGAAAAAAGAAUGCAGCAGUCAACAACGCAAUUUUGUUCGGUACCUACAGUUGGCCUGGAUUCAUACAAACUUCAAAUGACAAAUAUAUCAUACCCAGCGAAAGGGACAAUGGGAUCUAAAGAACUUACCACCGUUUAUGUGCCUCCAAAUAUACAUGAAGAGCAGACUACAAUUAGGAACCAAUUUCCUACACAUUUUUCAUCACAAAAAUCUAAGUCAUCUAAUAUUUUAACUACAGAAUCUUCAGGCAACAGUUAUUUAACAAAAUCCUCAGGUUCCUCAAAUAAUGUAGAAAUUCCAAGCCAUGGUGCACCAAAUAUUAGUAAGUGUGCAAAGUCAAAUGCAUUGUCACCUCUGCCUAUACAGGUUAUCAAAUAUCCUCUUUGUCGAAGUCCCAGCCCACUUAACUGCUCAUUUUAUGGAUCCUCCUCAACAAUAUGUAGCGGGAAUAUAUGCACAUCACCAGUUCCGAGACCGGAGUCUGCUUCACCUGUGUCAUCACGACUUUCAUUUUUAACUUCUUUGCUAAAAUCUAAAAAGUCAAAUUAUGAAAGAGGCCUUUCUCCAGAUCCAAAUCAGUAUGAAACAGAACUUAAGCCAACUUCCCAAACUGUAACAUUUCAGAAAGCUACCUUGACAUCACAACCACCUCGAAAAGCUUUAUCCUGUUUUUCUCUGAACUAUGUAAAAGAAUCUAAAAUACUCCCAUUUCAAAGGAAAGAUGAAAUUCUUUCUUCAGCUUCAGAUUCCAACAUAUUACGUGGUGACUCCUUAUUCUACCAGAAGCCACUUAGAACAUUUUCCCCAGACUCAAUAAACUUUAAGUCGUCUUCAGGAACACUCAUAUCUCGGAAAGGAGUUGUGUCACCAUAUUCUCAAUUGUACCGCAGGUCCAUUACACCACCAUAUUCUACCAGAGAAAAUAUUUCAUUACUAAAUGAUAAACCUCCUUUAAGCAGAAGUAUAUGUUCACCAAUAAAAAAAGAUUGUGUAUUUGGCAAAUCAAGAAAGGUUACACUAUUUCCACCUCCUUUACAUUUCAAUCCAUCAUAUGUCAGGCAAAAAGAAAACAUGAUACCACAUUUAAAAAGAUGUAAACCAUCCAGAGAUAUUAGAUUUCCCUCUUAUGCUUCUAGUGAGAGUUCAAUUCACAACUCUGAAAAAUCUUGCUCCUCCAUGGACAUUCAACAAAUUCAUGGUUUACCUCAACCCUGUUCAAACAUACUAUACCAUGAAAAUAUGGAAUCAGAAAUGGAUAUAUCGCCUCCACUGCAUCCAAGCUACUCAUGUCAUUCUUACAGUACUGAAGAAUUAUCAAGAAAAUAUACACCAAUACAUUUGCCAACUAACACUUUGGAACUACCAGAAUCAGUCUUGUCAAGAUUCUGUGAAUUGCGGCCAACAAGCUCAUUAGCCCAGAGCUCUGAUCCAGACAAUAAAAAGUUAUACAAAAUCAAGUCACGCUACAAAUCUUUUGCUGCAAUUCCUACAAACACAUUGCUACUGGAUCAGAAGGCAAUCGAUGAACCUGGAAUAAACACAGCAAAUACUGCAACUGAAGAUAAAAUGGAAACUCGUACUGAGAUGUGUUCUCCUGCAUUACUGAGGCAACAGACGGAGGAAAUUUGUGCUGAAAUUGAUGAGCACUGUAACUCUGCAUCUACAUCAAGAUCUAUGAAAAUGAAAUGUGAUACUAAAUCUGCCAAUACAGCAAGGCCUCUCUCAAAAUCAGCUGGGCGAGAAACUAAAUAUGCCUUUCUGCAGCCUCUAAUGAAUACAAAAACAAAUGCUCUUCAAACAAAGCCUGGGGUGAUACGUCCAACAACAUUAAAAAUGAAUACAUCUAAAAACAAGGAUGAAAAUCCUUAUUUGAAUACCUUCCAGCAAUUCUCCAUGCCUCCAUACAAAAGAGAGACAGAUUUUCAAAAGCAAACAAGAUACAGUAUGUGAUAUGUAAAAAAUGCUUUCCCUGAAAGGAUGAAGAUACAAGGGAAAAGGAAAUGUCUUCUGGCUCAUUGUACAUUGCUAUCCUCUUUUUCUCUCCUUAUCCAUGGGAAUAUGAAGCUUUACUAUAAAUUACUCUUGAUUGUAACAUAAAAUGUUAAAGCAUUCUAGCUAUAUGUUAAUUUCCAAAUACAGUAUAUAUACUUAUGCAUAUGUAUGAAUAGAUAGACUUCUGAAAUGACAAUGUUGUAUUGAAUUAUAUUUAUGGCACACAGCUUGAGCAAAUAAUAAGGAUAUGAAAUGCAAUUGGGCAUUAAAGGGGACAUAACAGAAUAAAUAAUGGCCUGAAUAGAUUAAGGAUUGCCAGUCCAGAUAUUCAGAAUACUGCAUUGCUUUACUAUUAAUUAUAAUAUAUGUCACAUGUCUAAUUGCUACUAUGCAAGCAGCUUAAUAGUGUGGGUCAAGUUAGGUCAAGAGCCAGAUAAGAUAUGCUUACCGUCAGUGUUAUACUCAUAAUACCCCUUGCUUACCACACAUGCAAUGUAGAUGGGCUGACACAGCUGAAGAUAAGAGCAACAUACAGCACCACUAAGAAGUGACUAAAACUGACCAUGUAUUUUAAGGGUUGGGUAUGUGUGACCGGGGGUCAGGAGACCGCCAGUCACCAUACUGAUGGCCGGAUCCGGUGGCAGGAUGCCGGUGUGGGGGCAAGCGCAACAAGCGCCUUGCUGCGCUCGCCACAGGUUCUAUUCCCACUCUAUGGGUGUCGUGGACACCCACAGUGGGAAUAUUCCCUGCUAGUCGGCACACCGACUGUCGGGAUUGUCAUCGGGGAGGUAUUGUGACCGACGGUCUCCUGACCACCGGUCACAUAACUACAUCCCUAUACUGGAUAUGCUAACAAAGCCAGCAUUUUUACACAUGAAGAAUAUGGUUAAAUACUCUAUUAAUUGAUAACAUCCAUACCUGAGUAGAAAUCACUGCUUUAAAUAUAUUUGCUGUCCGUCAUUUCCCUGAUGUCUCCAUUUGUCAUUCUCUACCUGUAUGAAUGAGCAAAAUGAGCAAAAUCAUGUGCAAACAGAGGAGUAUGGAUUUUUUUGCCAAUGAGCUCUCGCUAACAUUGUGAGUAGUAGGCAUUAGCAACAUCAAUGGAAAAAGACUCUAGGGGGUUUAUUUCUGAAGUGUGGGGUUGUAAAACCCAGUGAUUCUGAUCCUGUUUAUGCUCAAUAUUUAAAAGGGACUUGCUGUUAAAAGCAUUUACAAGGCUUUACAACCUGAAGCUUUAUUAAUUCUUAAUGGUGCAAAUAAGCAUGCAUUGCAUUUUCAAUCAUAAAAUAUUUGUGUUUAAUAUGUUAUUCUCAACAUUUAUCUACAUAGCACUAGCAUACUCCAAAAUGGUCUCCACUUGGGAAAAGCAAACACUAUUAUACUGUAACAAUGCUGUGUAAAUCAAGUUAAGCUGAGUACACACUAGAUGAUGUGUGUACUCAGCGAUAUCGGUGGCGAUGGGACCCGGUGGGUGUCCCGGCAUGGGCUAGUGUAUACACACUGGCAAAGUCAUCCACCGGACCUGCAUUCAAAUUAUUGUCUAGUGCAUAGCCGGCAUUACUAUUACUGCAGUAAGUAAUAUAGUGUAAAUUAAAAAGAUACAUGGAGAUAUGUUUUUUGCUACUGUAUUAAAAGGGACAAUAAUAUUAAGUACAAAACAUGCCUAAUUUUGUAUUUAAUAUUAUUGGGCUUUCAUAUACAGCAGCUGAAACGUUUGAAGAUGCAGCGUAUUUGAAAAGCACCAUUUUGUAAAUUUACCCCUAAAUAUUCCUUCUAAACCAUUAUCUGUGAUCCAUAUAAAUGUACAAUUUAUUAAAAAAGCUUUUGUUGCAUCUCUUGUUACCAAUACAAUAUGUUGCAAUCCUAAAA